AUGGCCAUGACCGAUGAGACUGACCACAGUGGUGGGGUCAUUUUGGACGGCCCUUUCGAUCCAGAUGCCCAGGCCACUGUGACCGAUUACAUUGACUACACCGAGUACCUUCCUGCCGAUCUUAUCCGCUCCCUCACUUUGAUCCGCGGUCUGGAUGAGCGCUACCUCGACUCGGCGCAUUCAGUACACUCCCUGACCAAUACCUACGGCCAGCUGCCCGACCUUCCCCCUGACGAGCAACCGAGUGCAAUCACAUUGCGCAGAGACAUAUCCACCCAGCUUGAUCGCGCGAUCAAUGCGCGCGAAUCCGCGUAUGCGGAGGCUUGCCGCCUAUACGACGUUGUCGAUCGCCACUUCGACCGGCUGAGCUGUAUCAGACAGAAGCUCGAUGCGCUACCAAGACCACCCUCCACAGAGCCGACUCCGCCGCCGCCAGAGCCUACACCGAAACGUGCGCGCCCCUCUAAGAAGGACAACGCGUCAACGACGCGUAUCACUCUCCGCCUGGAUAACCCUAAGCGCAGUCACAAGAAGAAGGUGCGCCGGUCAGGUGUUGCGGCGGAUCAUCUGGCAGGAUUCAACCCUGACUCUCCCAUUGCCAGUACUGAACAAUCAGAUGCUGAAGAGUUGGAUCUUCUUCCCCUCAAACCUGCCAGGCCCCCGAAGAAGGACAAGGCACGCCGCCCAAGCUCAGGUGUUGCAGUCUCUACUAGCAAUGCGCUUGCAUUACUGAAGCCUCCUCCUGCGGAUGCCAAGGUCGGCAGCGAACACAUGCCUUGGAUCCGGUUGACGGAGUGGGAGAUGACCAAGCUUCGGAAGAAGAUGAAGAAGAACGCCGUGUGGCAGCCCAGUGAGGUCAUGGUCUGGCGUGAGCUUGCUCUGUCCGGCCGUGGCUGGGACGCCUAUAAGGAGGCUAAAGCGCUAGCUGAGCAAACCGGCGCAGAAUUUAUUGAUUGUGAUAACCUCGAGAAGACCCAUCGCGGCGAAAUGGGAGGUGACCUGGAGGAGACCAAGAUUAGCAAUCGUGGUAUGAAGUUAAAUGAAGCCAAGAAGCUGAAGCGUGAACUGCUGGCACGCGAGGCGGCAUUGAACGGCGAAACUCCAGUGAAGCCUUCAAGCUCUGUUCAAGCGACCCCAAAUAAUCGAUCGUCACGCAAGAGGAAGCGGGAGGAGAUUCCCGCCGAAGAAAAUGGGUUGGAAGAAGAAGUAAUUGCACCUGAGCCUGCGCCGGUACCUGCUCCCAGGUCGCAUAAACGUCGCAAAUCCAGUCGUGGACCAGCUGCCACUGUAUCAGGAGAAGUGAACAGCGGCCCUGUUUCUACAAUCACAACACGAGCAUCACCAGUCGAAACCAAAGUAGAACCUGCUUUGGCCUCACCUAAUGAGUCACGCCCUUCCACAAGAUCGGCUGGCAAGCCAGCCGGAACACCCACACCACCUGCUACACGACCGUCAUCAAGGCGCUCUGCAGCUGCGGCGAUUGAUCUGGGCAGUCUAGGUAGUCUUCAAACCACUGGAACCGUGGUGCGAGAUUAUCGCAUCAAAAGUGCGACACCCGCCCGCAAAACUCCAAUCCGCGAAUCCUCACAUGCGCCAAGUCUCCCUGCGCCAGGUCGAAAGCGCAAGCGACCUGCUCCAGGACCUGUUUCAAACGGCCAAGAUGGCGGUGCUGCUGUUAGUUACGGUCGGCGCAAAGCCAAGCCUGGCAAGAAACGAAUCAGCAUACGGGACUCACAAGACGUUCGAAUUGAUGAAGACGGUGUGCUGGAGGAAAUCGAUGCGAAUGAGCCUCGGUAUUGUGUCUGUGGGGAUGUGAGCUUUGGCACGAUGAUUUGCUGCGAGAAUCCAGAUUGUGAUCGGGAAUGGUUCCACCUGGACUGUGUUGGUCUGUCGGAAGUUCCUUCACGCACGGCUAAAUGGUACUGUCCCAACUGCCGCGUCAGAUACCACAAAGGGACAGACGGCAUUGUUCGAGGGGGGCGUCGAUGA